UUCAGUAUUAUCAAAACCAGACAUUGUUCUAAUCACUUUCCAAAGAAUGAAGAUCCUGAACCCAGUUUCUCUCAAACUCCUUCAAGUCAUACUAGUUUUCGAGCUUCAUCUUCUUGCUCUCAAUGGUACUUGGAGAGCUACGGGUGCUGCAGUUAGGUGUCCAGAAAAGGAGAGGCAAGCGUUGCUUCACUUCAAAGAUGGCCUCGUGGACAACAAUGGCCGUUUGUCUUCUUGGGGAAGCGAAGAGGAAAACAGAGAUUGUUGCCAAUGGGAUGGAGUUCACUGUAGCAACCGAACCGGACACGUAGAAAUCCUCGACCUUCACGGAGAAUUCGAUGAUUCAGGAGAACAGCAAUUCGUUUUACAGGGCAAUAUCAGUGCGUCACUGCUGGAGUUGCAGUACCUGAAAUAUUUGAACCUUAGUUACAACGAUUUCGGAGACAACCAUGUCCCAGAAUUCUUUGGCUCUCUCAGGAACUUGAGAUUCCUUGAUCUCAGAAGUUGUUAUUUUGGUGGACAAAUUCCAAGCCAACUUGGAAAUCUCUCCAACUUACGUUAUCUUGAUCUUGGAAAGAUCGGUUUAGUAGGUGAGAUUCCAUAUCAGCUUGGAUAUCUCUCGCAGUUGCUGUAUCUUGAUCUGGGAGAGAAUACUCUUGAAGGUACGAUACCUUAUCAGCUUGGGAAUCUUUCAAAGUUGCAGAAGCUUGAUCUUGGAUUCAAUGCUGCUCUCAAACUUACUAAAGAGGAGGAUCAAGGUGGAGGUCAGUGGCUAUCUAGUCUCACUUCUUUAACUCAACUAGACUUGAGCAUGGUGAAUAAUCUGAAUCAUUCUCAUAACUGGUUACAAAUGAUUGGAAAGCUUCCAAAUUUAAGACAAGUGAGCCUUACAAGCUGUAGUCUUUCUGAUGAUAGCAUCAUUCCCUUGACACCUUCAAAAUGGAAAUUUUCAGAUUCUCUUGCUAUUUUUGAUCUCUCUGACAAUAGAUUCACGUCAUCCAUUAUAUUCCAGUGGCUGUCCAAUGUGAGCUCAAACCUGGUCGAGCUUGAUCUCAGCAAAAACCACUUAAAAGGUCUUAUCCCAAAUGAAUUAGGUAAAAUGACUUCUCUAGAGUAUCUAGACCUCUCUGAAAAUACACUUCAUGGUGGAAUACCUAAAUCGUUUAGGAAUAUAUGUACCUUACAGUCAUUGACCUUGACAUAUAACCUUUUGAAUGAAGAACUUCCUACGAUUAUUGAAAAUUUGUCGGGGUGUGCCAGACAGUCUUUGCAAAACUUGGAUCUAAGUUGGAACCAAAUAACGGGAACGCUACCUGAUCUUUCCAUAUUUACGUCUUUAAAGACUUUAAUGCUCACAAAAAAUCGUUUGAAUGAGUCAAUCCCUGAAGACAUUCGAUUCUCAUCUCAGUUAGUGACUUUGUCCAUUCAUUCCAACUCUUUGAAAGGUGUCAUCACUGAGUCACAUUUUGCAAAUGCGUCUAACUUGAAGACACUUGACCUUUCUGAGAACUCAUUGGCUUUGAAGUUUGGCAAGAAUUGGAUCCCAUCUUUUCAAUUGGAUCAAAUAUUUCUUAGAUCUUGCAAGUUAGGUCCUGAUUUCCCUAAUUGGUUGCACACUCAAAGUAACUUCUCAAUACUUGAUAUUUCUGAUGCCGGAAUUUCUGAUAUCGUUCCACAUUGGUUUUGGGGUUUAUUAACACCAAAUUUAUUGUGGCUCAAUGUUUCAUACAACAACUUGUGGGGUACAAUUCCAAACUCCCCGUUAUUGACCUGUCGACAAACAAGUUUUCGGAAUCUGCCACCUUUUUAUGUGAUAACAGCUCAGCCGAUGUGUUGGCCUCGUUAGAUAUUUCAAGUAAUCAAUUAUCAGGUAAACUUCCUGAUUGUUGGGAUGGUUUCACAUCAUUAAUCUAUCUGGACUUGAGUAACAAUAACUUAUCAGGAAAAAUUCCUCCUUCCAUUGGAUCUCUUCUUGCACUUCAAGCAUUGAUCAUGAGAAGCAAUAAGUUAACUGGGGAGUUGCCUUCCUCUUUGAAGACUUGCACGAGCCUUAAAAUGCUAGAUGUGGGGGAAAACAGAUUGUCAGGACCUAUACCUUCAUGGCUUGGAGAUGAAUUACAACAGUUACAGAUGUUAAGUUUGCGAAAUAAUCGCUUUUCAGGAAGCUUACCAUUGCAUCUUUGUUAUUUAACAAGCCUUCAGCUCUUAGAUCUCUCUCUGAACAAUCUAUCCGGGCAAAUAUUCAAAUGCUUGAAGAAUUUUACUUCAAUGAUCCAGGAGAGUUCAACAAAUCUAAUGAGUCCUUCCAUGUCCAGUAACGGAUCAACACCCUUCUAUCAAUAUGAUAUAAAUGCAUUGCUCAUGUGGAAAGGUGCACCACAAAUGUUUAAGCAUAGCAAGUUGUUGAAAAGCAUUGAUCUUUCAAGCAACCAAAUAAAGGGAGUAAUUCCAGAAGAAAUAGUGGAUUUAGUUGAGUUGAUUUCUUUAAACCUAUCAAGAAACAGCUUGUCUGGAAGAGUUCCCUUUGGGAUUGGUAGGUUAAUGUCAUUAGAAUUUCUUGACUUGUCAAGAAACAAUCUAUCUGGAUCAAUCCCUUCUAGUCUUGCUCUUAUUGACCGUCUAACCAUGUUGGAUUUAUCACAUAACCAACUAUCUGGGAAAAUCCCAACUGGCACACAGUUGCAAAGUUUUAAUGGCUCAAGCUAUGAAGAAAAUCUUGAUCUUUGUGGAAAACCACUUUAUAAAUCGUGUUAUGAGGAGAAAACACCUCAAGAACCAGUUGAGGUCCAAGAAGAUGAGGAUUCAUUUAUAUCCAAAGGCUUUUAUUUGAGUAUAUCACUUGGAUUUAUAAUAGGAUUCUGGGGUAUCUUUGGCUCAAUAUAUUUCAAUCGUUCUUGGAGACAUGCCUACUUCAAGUUCUUGGGCAAUGUGGCUGACUGGAUUUAUGUCAAGGCAGCGCUGAAUGUAGCAAAAUCCCGGAGGUGACUUGGAAGCUAACUAGUGG